UGGUUUACAAGGCUUCCAAUCCCAACUCCCAAGCAAAAAAUGGGCUGUGUCUUGGAUUUCGUAGAAUGAGAGUGAACUUAUCAUCUCAGUUCUCUCUCUCCCCGCUUCCGUCCCUCCCUUUGCAAGCCCAAAAACCCUAGAUGUUUUUUUAUUUAUCGUUUUCUUGGUGGCAAUUGAAUCAAACCCACUUCAAUAAUGCAUUCAAGCUUCUUUCUUUGUUCUUCUUUUGUUCUGCUGUUGAACCACUUUCGGUAAUUUAGCUUGGCAAAAAUCAGCUGCAGAAGGUCGAAACCCUCUUUCAGUGUGUGCCUUUGUAGAAUCCUUCAGCCAACCAAAAUUGCAGUCGAUAGCCCCAGAGCUUAGCAAUGACCAAUGUCUGCAUCACUAGAGUCAGUUGCAUUCACCAUACGGCAGCAAAUCCACUUCCCAAGAAAAAGUUGUGUCAAAGUGGAAUGUUCAGGACUUUUUCAACCUGUGCAACACAAAUGAUUUUCCGAAGUGCCCCUCUGAUCAUCCGCCCUCCCACAGCAUUAAUAUUGGCUGCCCGUCUCACCCCGUCUGAUGCUCCACAACGCUCUGAAGAAUGGUUUGCCCUCCGUCGAGACAAGCUGACUACAAGCACCUUCAGCACUGCUCUUGGCUUCUGGAAAGGAAGUCGAAGGUAUGAACUUUGGCAUGAGAAAGUGUUUGCGUCAACUUUACCAUUUACGGAAGCUUCAAAGAGUGCAAUGCAGUGGGGUGUACUCAAUGAAGCAGUAGCUGUGGAUAAGUAUAAAAGCAUCACUGGUCGCGAUGUAGGCUCUCUAGGGUUUGCAACGCAUGCAGAGGAUCGAUUUGAUUGGAUAGGUGCCUCUCCAGAUGGUCUUCUUGGAUGUUUUCCAGGAGGUGGGAUUUUAGAAGUUAAGUGCCCAUAUAAUAAAGGGAAGCCUGAGAUGGGUUUACCUUGGUCAACUAUGCCAUUCUAUUACAUGCCUCAAGUGCAGGGUCAAAUGGAGAUAAUGGACAGAGAUUGGGUUGAUUUGUAUUGUUGGACACCAAACGGAAGCACGAUAUUUCGGGUGUGUAGAGACCGUGAUUAUUGGCGAUUGAUUCAUGGGAUUUUACGCGAGUUUUGGUGGGAAAAUGUGGUUCCUGCCCGGGAAGCUUUGCUGCUAGGGAUUGAGGAGGAAGUUGGAUCAUACAAACCGGAGUCAACACACAAACAGACCGGAUUGGCAAUUUCUGUGAGUAUAAAGUUGGCCAGUGAGUCAAAAUUAUUGUGCAGGGAGAUUGCUGGUCACAUCGAAUUUUACAGGUGAUGGGCAUUGGACUGGAAGGAUCAGUGAGCUGCACUUUGUUUUGGGUUUGUGAUCUAUUGGCUCUAAUUGUAUGUGUUUGUUCGCUACUCAGAUCACAUUUCAUAUCUAAGAUAUUCCUAAUUCCGAUUGAUUCCA